UUCUACUAUUUUGCCUUUAUCCAAAGCUUUACUUCCUCAUUUUUCAAUUGCACUGCGCUGUAUACUACUGUUCAAUUGUAGUCAGACAGCCAGCUCGCUUGUUCGUCGAUCGCUCGAUUGACAGAAUGACAGCGAGAACGAGUGUGAGAAAAACGGAGUUCUUUCUGCUCAUCUCUUUCAUAUGUCUGUAUUCGACACCAGCUCAAGAUCAUAAAGUUUCUCUCAGAGGAUUCGGUUAUGUCGAAUAUCCUGUCACUGACGUGCAUAAGGAGACUCAACUGAGCGUCGAAUUUGUAAGUCGGAAAUCUGACGGUGUGAUUGUUGUGGCUGAAGGGACAAGCGAUCACGUGAUUGUAGAGCUGAAAGAAUCCCGGAUAAUCGUUACGUUGUCACUUCGAAACAGAAAAUUUAAAAUAAACGCGACAGAGGAACAGUACAGUAAUGGUAAAUGGCACAACGUGAAUGUUGAGAGAAUAAAUUCGAAACUGAAACUACAUGUUGAUGGUAAAUUAGUUGAAAUUUUGAAAAUCAAACCUCAACUUUCCGGAACGUUAGAGAUUGACAAAGCGAUAUUUGUUGGCGGGAUAGCUGAUUUCAGGAAGCCAAGUCUCAGCUUCAGUACUGUUGGUCAUUAUUUCCAUGGCUGUAUUGCGAAUGCGACAUUCAACGGACACAGUGUAUUGGAGCCUCCAAAGAAUAGACUUACUAGCGACAGGGGAAGUGUUGAGGCAAGUGGAAUAGGCUGGGGACAAUGUGAUGAAAAGGUGUUUAGUGCUUCUCCCAUUGCACAGUCCUAUGUUCUACCGGAAGCUUAUUCUUCAUAUCACAAGUGGGGUGUUCGAUUUGGAGGUCAUUUGACAUUUGAAUUUCGCACCGUUCAGCCUUAUGGACUUCUCCUGUUUAAUGGAGGAAGAUAUAGGUAUCCAGAUUAUAUUGGUUUGGAGUUAGUGAAUGGUAGAUUGAGACUUGGUAUAGAUUAUGGACAUAACGCAACAGUUGAGCUGUUUGUAGGUAAGAAAUUGAACAACUGGCAGUGGCACACUGUUGAUCUUGUGGUGUCAAGCAUCAAGGUAAAGAUCAAGGUUGGCAAGUAUUCGAAUUACACGAAGAUAUUUGGACGAAGAGGAACUCUUGAUGUUGCUGGGGCCCUUUUUGUUGGUGGAAUUAGGCGUGAAGUUCGACAGGAGGCAAUAAUGAAAGGAAUGGUUUCAACCAGACAAACAGAUGGAGGAUCAUUCAGUGGAUGUCUACGAUCUCUCACACUGAAUAAUGUGGAAGUAAAUCCACGUGAAGAAAGGAACUCUCGUGGUGUCUCACUUGGCUGUAAAAAUGUUUCUCCUUGUUUGUUGAAGCCCUGCAAAAUGGGAGAGACUUGUAUUGAAAGAGGUGGUGACACUUCGUAUGAUUGUGUUUGCCGCUACAAGAAUGCUAGCUGCAGCCAAAGCAGACCAGAGGGAAGUGGUCAAAGCCUAACUAGUCUAGAAAAUUUUCCAACACUUCAAACAACAUCCAAAUCUACUCAACACUCGUCUAUAACUGAGUAUGUACACAUGACUGAAAAGAUGAAGACAACUGGGACAACGUUGACCAGUGGUAUUGUACAGGUGACAAAUGUGGCAAUAGCAGAAGCAUCAGUUGAUACAUUGUUUGUAGAGACGGGAGAUUUGAAUGUACAAGAAGGUGAACGUAUUGUAUUGGAUGGUUCAUCACUUCACAUAGCUGUCAGCAGUCGCAGUGAUAAAUGGGUCAGAGAACAGGCGAACAGCAUUGUUUUGAAUCAAGAAAAUGAAUUCUUGCAUGGACAACUUGAACAAAACAAUGAUGUGGUCCAAAAUUUUUCGUAUCGCAGUUUGCUGGACAGACAAAUUGUGUACAAACAUGAUGGGUCAGAAACUUUAUAUAGUAUUUUAAUGUUUAGCAUCACGUUUCUUAACCAAACUAAAUCGUUUUCUCUGAACAUUACUGUCAAUCCAAUCAAUGAUGAUCUGGUAUUGGUUCAUCCAAAAGGCAAUGUUCGUUUAACUGUAUUGUCUGGAACAAGGAGUCAUAUCACAUCAUCUGAUUUGCUAGUUACUGAUCCUGAUAACCAUCCCAGUGAAAUUGGGUUUGAAGUCCUUAGUGGGAGGCAGACUGAAGGUCAACUGGAGUUGGUGGAUCAACCAAAUGUGCCACUUUCAGGGUUCACACAAGAUCAAAUUAAUAACAAGAAGUUGGUGUUUCAUCACACUAAUGUCACAGAUAGAUCAGCACUUGUGCUCACAUUACGAGUGACUGAUGGACGUGACCAGUUGGUGUUUCGAUUUGCAAUUGGCAUCAUUGUUGUGAAUGUGACUCUUAGAGUUUCCUCAUUGACUGUGAGUCAAGGAGCAUCUCUUGUAAUAAGUAGUUCAAGUGUUGAAGUGACUGUGGAUGCUACGGAGAAGCAGUUGUUUAAUGUUGAGACUCAAUUUCAGGUUGUUAGUGAGCCACAUCAUGGGACAUUGUCUAUUAAAGGGAAGAGAUUAAGGCUUGGAGAAACUUUUCCUCUGUCUGCAGUCAGGAUGGGUCAUAUAAGCUACAUACAUCGCACUGAUAAAUUUGAGGCAACAGAUCAGUUCCGGUUGCAAGCCUGGAUUGGCUUGUCUCACUCUAACAUCUAUACAGUUCGUGUGUCUAUUUCUCUUGGUCUCAUUCGCAUUUACGUCUCGUCCGUUAGUGUUCAGGAGGGACAGACAACUGUUAUUGAUCAAAAUCACAUGAAUGUUACAGUUGACCCUUUGGUCACAUUUCCUGUUGACUUGAUUAUUGAGAUUGUGAAUCAGACAAAGCACGGACAGUUGGUUAUGAUUAGACGCAAUGGACGGAGGCAAUCAGCAAACACAUUAACAGCAGAAGACAUAAGACGUGGUCGGCUGCUUUACAGCCAUGACAACUCUGAGACUGUCAAAGACUUCUUUACUUUUCGUGUUCAAGCGACUAGCUCAUUGCGUGAUGAGCUGGAACAGGAGAGAAUGAUGUCAUUGAUGAGGGUUAAUAUCAACAUAUUUCCAGUAAAUGAUCAGAAACCUGAGAUUGUUCAUAACAAGGAGCUGCAGUUACUAGAAGGCUCCAGUCACACAGUAACACACAAAUACCUUUACAUCAAAGAUGGAGACACUUCUUCUGAAAAUCUGACUAUCUUUGUCAAUACUGCUGAUGCUAAUGGAUUUUGGUCUCUGAAAACAGUUCAGAGUAAGCCUAUUUCUUCUUUUACACAGCAGGAUAUUGAUGACAACAAUGUACUGUUUACUCACACGAGAUCUCAAUCUCUGACUUGGCAAUGUACUUUCAAGGUAACAGAUGGUAAUUAUGUGACUUCUGACAACAUAUUUUCUGUCAAGGCAGUUCCUCUCACUCUAGAUGUUAUGUCUCCACGAGGCAAACCAGUUGUGGUGGAUGCAAAACGCUCUGUAAAUGCAAGAAUCACACAAUCACAUUUGAUGGCUGAAACAAAUGAUAAGAAACAGAACAAAGCUGUGAUAUUUGCCAUGAAGGUGCCACCACAUUAUGGCUAUCUUGCAAACAAACUGAAACCGCACAGACAAAUCCAGUUGUUUAGUCAAUCUGAUGUUGAUGAUGGGCUGAUUAAAUAUUUCUUGAAUGACAAAAACACCCAAGCAACCAACGACUUAGUUACAUUUCAAGUAUCUAUUGGAGCGUCAUGGACAAACUUUACUCUUUUUGUCAAGAUCAUACCUCGACCAGUACCAUUUGUUGUUGUGAACAAGGGAUUGAAUGUUGCAGAAAAUGAAGAGGCUCUGAUUACAAAGAAUGAGCUGAAAGUGUCAGAUUUGUUGAACACAGUUGCAACACAGAUUACAUAUUAUGUUGAGUCUGGACCUAGUUAUGGUCAUCUGUUUACACAUAGUCAGCCACAUUUGUCGAUUUUACUGUUUUCCCAAGCAGAUGUCAACAGAAAAAGGUUGAACUAUUUUCAUACUGGUGGUCAAGCUUCUCUGGAUCAUGUAUAUCUCACUGUCUCAAAUGGCAGAUACAAUCGAUCAGGAAUUGAGUUCCUGAUUGUCAUCUACUCUACACAGCUGAAUGUAACGAUUCGAGGCUUGCAACUACAAGAAGGAAGUUUUAAGUUGAUUACGAGGGACUUGAUUCAGAUUGAGUCCUUUUCUAAUGAGCCACUAGUUAUCAGAGUCUCUCAAGGUCCUUCACAUGGACGUCUUAUCGCAAGUAAUAAUCAUUCACUGACUGUUCACACGGUCUCUGUAUCUCAACUGGAAGCAGGAGAUGUAACAUACAGACAUGAUCACUCUGAGUCCUCAACUGAUGGAUUUGUAUUCAAUAUAACAGAUGAGUCAGGCAGGCUACGUUUUACUGGGAUUUUCAAUAUUAGUGUUGUUCUAGUCAAUGACAACCCUCCUAGACUUUUAAAUGUCAGUCCAUUAAAUGUAUAUCAAUAUGGAUGUGUUGCUAUAACUGAAAACAAUUUGCUGUUUGUGGAUGAUGACAAUGAAAAUGACAACACCAUGUUGAAGUAUCAAGUGGUUGGUGGUCUCUCACGAGAGACACGACUUGUGAAGAAAGGAGAAUGGAGCAAAGGAAUAUCAAAAUUUACUCAAGGUGAUGUGUCUGCUGGCCUUAUUUUUUAUGUUCACAGUGGGACAAAAUUGAAAGACAAGAAGUCAUUGUUUGUCUCAGAUGGGUUACAUCGAGAUUUUGUGUUUCUUGAUAUCAAUGUGCAACUUGUUAAUAUUGAGGUUGGAAACACAGGCAUUGUGCUGUUUAGAGGACAAAAGAGCACUAUUUCCAGUAGCAACCUUACUGUGACAGUCAAUGUUAACAUCAGUGCGUUAGAUAUUGUUUAUCUUGUGACAUCACCACCUAGGCAUGGGAGGUUAUUGUUAUCCAGCAAUGACACUACAGAGUUUACUCAACAGAAUGUCGAUAAUAAAGAACUCGUGUUUCAGCAUGAUGGCAGCAAUAACCGGGAAGACAAAUUUAGUCUCACAAUUUCAUUUUGUACUGUCACUCCUGUCAAUUUUGAUUUUGCAAUUAGAAUUGAUCAGGCACCCGUUGUUUCCACUCCCAGUCCUUUCAGUGUGGAAGAAGGGGGCAAUGCAACUUUGACAAACAAUUUUUUGCUAGUCUCAGACUCAGAACAGGGUGAUGAUCAGAUUGUUUUGUCAGUCAUUCGUCCUCCAGUUGCAGGUCAGCUUGUGCGAGUCUCAUCAAGUGGUUCUUUUCAGCCUAUCACAUCAUUUACUCAAAGAGACAUAAAUUCAAGUUUCAUUGUAUACCAACAUAGAGGUGGCUCUAGCAGUCGUGAUGGAUUGAGUUUGUCUGUCUCUGAUGGUCACAAUGUGCGAAGUUUGAACUUGUUUAUAACAAUUAUUUCUCUCCACAUUGUCUUUACAUCUGAACCACUUAUUGUUAAGGAAGGUGGCAGCACACAACUUUCUGAGAACCAGUUGCUUCCUACAAAUGUUCAUUUGAGAAAUCACAACCUGAAGUUUGUGCUGGUGACUGCACCAACACAUGGGGUAUUAGAGCUAAUGCAUAAAGAUGGUCAAACAGAUAUGACGUCAGAUGGGAAGAACAUGUUCAUAUUUUAUACACAUGACAUGAGUUUGGGACUGGUUAGGUAUGAGCAUAGUGGUGAAGAAUAUUUCAAUGACUCAUUUGUUGUUGUUGGGUCAGAAGGCAUGAAGAAGAGUGAUUUGGUGAGAAUUAAUGUAUCUGUAAUUCCAGUCAAUGAUCAACGACCAGUAGUGGUAGUUAACGAGCAGCUCAAAAUGUGGGCAAAUGACGUGACUACUAUAACAACAAAUGAAUUGAGCUACAGCGAUGGUGACACAGAUUCUAAUGGUAUUGUUUACUCAGUGACACAGAAGCCAACAAAUGGCUACCUUAUGCUGUCUACAAACAUAAGCAAUGAGGUGAACACAUUUACUCAGCUAGACUUGGAAGAAAGUCGUGUGUUGUUUCAACAUGAAGGCGAUAAUGCUGGAGGAUUUCGGUUUGAGGUGUCUGAUGGGAAAACUGUCAUAGAAGAUGUGUUUGGAAUUGUAGCUACUCCCUUGGAAUUGAAGAUUGAUCGAUUGACUGGCAUUAGUGCUUUGCCUGGGAAAGUCACACCCAUCACAUGGUACAAUUUGUCGGUUGUAUCUAAUGAUAUAAAUUCAACACGGACUAUUUUGUUUAUAUUGAAGCCUUCUGAUCUAUUACGAGGUGUAGUAGUCAGCACUAUACCUCCGCAUCAUCCUAUUUCUGUAUUCACUAUGGCUGACGUCAUGUCUGGUCGGGUUGGAUACAAACACACUGACCUGUUUUCAUGGCAGCCAGAUGACCAUUUUCUAUUUAAUGUUUCCAUGAAUUUUACAGAGCCACUUAUUAAUCAGCUAUUCCCAAUCCACAUUCUUCUAAAGCACACUCCUGGUAGUCGUCUUGCAUCCAACAAUGUUCUUAAAAUCUUAGAGGGAAAUAUUGGCCUUAUAACUAGUGACUUAUUGGAUGCCACAAACGUAGCAGCCGAAGUUGCUGCAUUAAAUGUAAAUGCAUCGACGUUGCUACGAAUUGUUUACAAUGUGACUGUUGCACCAAAACACGGAAUGUUGGUAAAGACAAGUGCUCCAGGAAUGGAAAUGAUGUCGUUUACACAAGCUGAGAUCAACACAGGCCAAGUGAAAUACAAGCACAAUGGCAGUGAGACUGUGCGAGAUUCAUUUCUCUUCUCACUGGUCAUUGGAGAUGGUAUUGUUUCAUUAGUCAGUGAAUGGUUCAACAUCUCUAUCAGUCCUGUGGAUAAUAAAAAAUUUCAUAUUAUGAGAAAGAAAGGAUUGACUAUAGUGCGAGGGAUGAGCCAGGUUGUCACACGUGACGAGUUAUUGACUGUUGAUGAGGACACCAGUGAUGCCAAAAUCAUAUAUGAACUUGUCCAUCAGUCAAUGAACAUUGCACUUCAAAAUUCUGACUAUCCGGAUCAAACUGUCACACGAUUUUCUCAAGAUGAUAUCAACAAAGGAAGGAUUGAGUUUAUACACGAUGACACGAAUAUCUUGACUGCAAGUGUGAUUCUAAAGAUUUCUGAUGGCAAACAUGAGCCGUUGGUACAGCCAUUUCCAAUCACCAUUUCUCCUCUGUUUGUGGAUGUGGUGAAUUUGUCUGCUGUCGAGCUGGAGCAAGGUAUUUUUAGUGUGAACAUCUCAUCUCAUCAUUUGAGUGUAAAAUCAAAUGGACGUAUUGAGUAUAUUAGCUAUGUUGUAUCAUUGCAACCAAAAUUUGGCUAUUUGUCCAUUCGAAAUCAAAGACAAGAUAAUUUUACACAAGUAGAUUUGGACAAUAAACAAGUUUCAUACACACAGGAGAACAAGAGUGUACCUGGUGAUGUAUUUGUUGUUACAGUCAUGUACAAACAACAGAAAACAAUCAACAUCACCUUAGAGGUUGAAGUAAAACCAGUAAUUUAUGUUGAUCAACUUCAGUCUUAUGCUGGACAUUUUGCUGUAAUCUUACUGGACGUAUUGAAUGCUUCCUACCUUGCACAUGUUACAGACAGUAACCCUCUGUUUACAAUUGUUCAGCCACCAUUACAUGGCAAUAUUUCUUUGAAGAAAGUGCAAGGUAUUCGAGUAUUUCGACAUCAAGAUGUCAUCAAAGGAAACAUUGAGUAUAUCUCUACUGUCAAUGCAACUGACUCUAAUAUUACUGUUUAUGAUCGUGUUGGAUUCGAGUUGUCUGUUGACAGUCAUGCACAAGUCCUUGUCCAACCUGCACGAGGAGUUCUUCCUAUUGCUAUUCACUUGACACUCCCACCUACUAACAUGCUUACAGCUACAUCUACGGAUGCCAUGAUAGUGACAUCAACACCAACUACUCAUUCAACUACCAGACAAUAUGUGAAUCGCAUUAGUCAACCAUCGAUUGUCAGUACUACCCUAUAUAAUGGCACAGAAGAUCCUACUAGUAGUAGUGGGUCUGAUGAUUCAAAUCUUGCAGUAGAUCCAGGUGCUGCUUCCAGCAGUGGAGAUGGAGCAGCUACAGUGGCGAUACCAAUUAUUGUUAUUCUCUUUGUCAUGAUUGCUGUCAUUCUAGGUGUCAUUGGGUUUCAUAAAUAUCGACACCAGAAACAGACAAACCAGACUGAGACACCGGACUCCACAUCUGAUGGUCAAACAAGAAAUGGGCACGAGUCUACAGCCAAUGGCAGCAGAGCCACCGGCGUUUCACAGAGUCACAAUGAUAUCAACACAGAUCCGGGUGUUGAAUCUACGGACUAUGAUACUGAUGAAGAAGCACAUGAGGAUGCAUCUACUGGUCAGACCAAUGUGAAACGGUCUAGACACAAGCGAAGAGCAAUUGUAAAUGAAGUAAAGAAGGAUGGUGCAGAGGUAGUGAAUACAGAGGGGGAAACAGAAUGGGAAGGAACAGAAAUUGUAAAGGCUCAUCCUGGUGAUCCAAAGUUACAUGGAAAUGAAUAUUGGGUUUGAAUUGGUUGAUUUAGGCCAUUAGAGAAACUUCAUGUAAACAGAAUGACUGCAUUGUAUUCGUUACGUAGUGUUGCAUAUAAUACAUUAGUUAAUAAAAAAUG